AUGAACUCCAAGUCGCUUCGACGUCUCGCCGCCGACCACGGCUCGCUGCACACGGCCGGCCUGCCUCCCAAUUAUCUCUUCGCCCCGGGCUCAGACGGCCCCGAAGACCUAACGUCGCUCGACAUCCUCCUCGCCGGCCCCGUCGGCACGCCCUACGCAGGCGGCGUGUGGCGGCUCCAUCUCGACAUCCCCCCCACGUACCCUACCGCGCCGCCCACAGCACAGUUCCGCACCCGGCUAUGGCACCCCAACAUCGACGAGGCGACCGGCGCCGUGUGUGUCGAGACGCUGAAGCGUGACUGGACCAGCACACUGAAACUCCGAGACGUGCUGGUGACGAUAUCGUGUCUCCUGAUCCAGCCGAACCCAGCGAGCGCGCUCAACGAGGCGGCCGGGAAGCUGGCCGUCGAGGACUGGGACGGAUACUGCAGGCGAGCCCAGCUCAUGACGGAGAUUCAUGCAGCCAUACCAAGCAGUCUCGCCAAGGACGUCCGAGAGGCCCAGAUGCGAGGCGAAGAGCCGACAACUGAGCCCGAGCAACCCGUAGCCAGACCGCGCUCCAAGGCCAAGGUACAGCGCCAGCCAUCCGAGGACGAGGAAAACAGGCGGCGUCGAGGCAUGACGCAGGAUGCAGACAGCGAUCCGGAGAGCGACUGGAUACCAGGACCCGUCGGGACGACCAAGACUGCUGCUCGGCAAGAAAGCAACAUUUUCGGCAUCAAAGGGCUUGACGACGCAAUGCAACUCGACACACCACCACGACGCAUCUUCGCCACAGAAACAAAGUCUGCCGGCCCACUGGAAUUGCAACGUGUCGACGACUCGGACCCGUUUACCGCUGGACCUUCGAGACACAGCAAGGCACAAGCAGCAACCCCGUUUGACCUACGCGUUCCCCCGGUCCCCACGACUGCAUCAACAGAGACACGCGGUUUGCGUGCAACCUCUGCCUUGAGCAUCCAGCACACUACCCACAGCCACCCCUUGGUCACCGAGUUCUCCUUCUCCUGGGACCAAUCAAACGCCUUGUACAAUCCAGGAUUGGCGCACGACGCAGCAAACCACGGUGCAAGCAAAGCAGAUGAUGUCAAGAAACGUCUUACGAGCGUUGAGUUUGAGACAAAGCGCAAGUGGGAAAUGAAGAGGCUCCGGAGGGCAGGCUCCGAUAUUCGAAGGUAUAAUCGGGGUGACUUUGGCCCUCGUAUGGGUGUAGGAAGGCUCUAA